AUGGCCUCCAACGGUAACUUCGCCCAACAGGACCAGUUCAAAGAAUCUGCCGACCAACAACAAACAGCUCCCACCACUUCCGCCGCCGAUGGCUCCACUACAGCCGCCGCCUCUGCUAACAGCAACUUGUCCAAGGAUGAGGUUGGCUGGUACUUCGUUGAGCAAUACUACACCACCUUGAGCAAGUCGCCUGAGAAGCUCCACCUCUUCUACGGCAAGCGCUCACAAUUCGUCUACGGCCGGGAGGCUGAGCUUGUGAACGUCUCGGUUGGUCGACAGGCUAUCCAAGAACGAAUCAAGGCUCUCGAAUUCCAAGACUGCAAGGUCCGUGUGUCUAACGUUGACUCGCAAGCGUCCGCCGAGAACAUUGUCAUCCAGGUCAUCGGCGAGACUUCGAACAAGGGUGCCGAGCCUAGGAAGUUCGUUCAGACCUUUGUUCUCGCUCAGCAGCCCUCCGGUUACUUUGUCCUGAACGAUAUCCUCCGAUAUAUCGACGAAGAGACCGAGAACGAGGCUACCGCUGCCACCGAGGAGGCCCCUGAGGAGGCUGCUGCUCCUGCCACCGAGGAGGCUGCUCCUGCCACCGAGGCUGUGGCUGCUGAGCCUGCUGCUCCUGCUGAGGAGACCAAGGAGGAGACUGCGACCCCCUCCCUCGACCCCGAGGUUGUCGACCAGAAGCUCGAGGAGGUUUCUACUUCUAAGGACGGUGUAACUCCUAACGGCAGCACCGCCGAGGCUUCAUCCGACGAGGUUAAGGCCCCCGAGACCAAGCCCGAAGCUCCUGCCGAGACUGCGGACGAGGCCGCUAAGGAGCUGGCUGAGGAAGAUGUUAAGGAGGCCGAGAAGCCCAAGGACCCCAGCCCUACGCCCGUUUCCAAGCCCGUCGCCGCUCCUCCUGCUGCUCCAGAGAAGCCCGCCGGUCCCCCUAAGCCAAUGACCUGGGCCAGCCGAGCUGCCGCCGCUGCUGCUCCUAAACCCGUUUUCCCUCUCGCCAAGUCCCCUACCCCUCCUGUGAACCAGAGCCGUGCUCCUGCUCCUGCCACUUCUGCUCCAACUUCUCAGCCCGCUGCCGCCCCUGUUUCUACUGCUAAUGCCCCUGCUACCGAGGCCGCUUCUAAGGAGACAGCUGGAUGGCAGACAGCUGGCGGCGAUUCUAAGCGACAGAACCGACCUCAGUCUGUGUCCGGACCUCCUGCUAACGAGAAGGAGGGUACUCUUGGAUACGUCAAGUUCGUGACAGAGAAAGUCCAGGACGCUGAUCUUAAGAACGCUCUUGCUGCUUUCGGCGAGCUCACUUACUUCGACAUUAACCGUUCUAAGAACUGUGCCUUCGUUGAAUUCAAGACCCCCGAAGGUUACUCAAAUGCUUUUGCUGCCAACCCUCACACUGUCAACGGUGAGACCAUUCAGCUUGAAGCCCGCCGCCCCAAAACCAACGCCAUCGGCGGUAACAACUACGGCGGUCGAGGUCCCGCUCCCGGACGUGGCCGCGGAGGUGCUGAUGGUGGUCGAUCUGGUGGUCAGGGCUCUCGUGGCAACUUCUCUGGUCAGAACCGUGGCCGAGGUGGUGCUGCUCGCGGUCGCGGUGGUGCCCAGUCUCAGAACGCUUAA